AAUUUACGGACAUUUUUUGUCACACCACGACCACACCCACUUUAUAUCCACUCAUGACUAAAUUACGAAAAUGACUGACGCCACGAGGAAUCCGUGACGCCAAAAAAUUGCACUCACCACAAACCCAACUUUCUCUCGGGGGCAUUUCCUUCCACACAUUUUUUUCUCACUAACCAACCAACCACACCCACUUUUUGGACCUAAAUUUCCACCCUCAAAAUGUACCAACCACCCCCUGGACCUCAUCCUUCUCAAGCUUUUCCUCCUGCAACGAAGAAUCCCUGCUCGUGCUGUUGUAGCACGUUGACCGAGGGCGUCCGGGGGCUCGCCAUUUUCUUGAUUGUGAUCUCCACCCUUGGAGCUUGGGAUCCGUAGUGCAGGCCAUGGGGGUUUUCGCCAAGAGGGAGUUGUCCCCCGAAGAACGCGCACCCCACGUGAUCAUGGGGAUAAUUUGCAUCUUCAUGCUUAUCACAGCGAUCAUCCUUCUCACCGGAGUGAACAAUCGAAGCAUCGCCGCCUGCCGCACGUGGUUCAUUGCCACCUUAAUCUACGACAUUUUACACUUUGGCUCUUCCAUUUACGCUGUCGUGAAGACGGACACGUACUACCUGCUGGUCGCCGUUCUGCUCGGAAUCAUCCUUUCCUGGUACCUGCUCUACGUCGUGAACUGCUUCAUCGACGAAAUUCGUCUCUACCCGCUCGGAAUUCCGGCGGGGAUGGCGGGCGGCGGCGGGGGAGGAAUGAUGAUAUCGCCACAACCCUCCUACUAUCAACCCGCUUAUCCAACCGUUAACUACUCCCAGGCCAAUGUUAACUAUCCACAGUAUCAACAAUCAGCAUUUGCACAGCCGCAAUAUCCGCCGCAAUUUGGACAAAAUUUGCAAUAUCCGGCGCAAUCUGGGCAAAAUUUGCAAUAUCCGCAACAACCCGAAGUCAACACGGGGACAACGCCGGUACCAUCGGGAACAGCAAUGCAAGGGCAAAAUUCGCAGUAAAUUAAGGGUUCAAAAUUUCAUUUUUGUCGGGAAACGAUGUAAAUUAAUAAAUAAAUAAGUAUCGGACGUA